GUUUAAGGAAUUGAAUAAAUAAAUGUAAUUAUUGAAAAGAGUGCAUCAAUUUGGGUCAACAAAACAUAGAUUUGCUUCAGAUAUAGGAAGUACAAAUAGAUAGAAAAUGAACUUGUUUUAAGCAAUAAACAAUGCUCUUGAUAUAGAAUUAGGAGCAAAUCCAAAGUAUAUAAUAAAUAUAAGAAAGGGCAUUAUUAUUUGGAGAGGAUGUAAAAUUUGGAGGUGUUUUUCGAUGUUCAUAAGGUUUGAAUGAAAAGUAUGGUACAGAUAGAGUAUUUAAUACUCCAUUAUGUGAAUAAGUAUAAAUAAAUAGAGAUUGAUUAGGGGAUUGGUGCAUUUGGUAUAGGAUUGGCAAGUGUAGGAUAUACAGCAAUAGCUGAAAUAUAGUUUGGUGAUUACAUUUUUCCAGCAUUUGAUUAGAUAGUGAAUGAGGCAGCAAAAUUUAGAUAUCGAUCAGGGAAUUAAUUCAAUUGUGGAAGUUUAACAAUAAGAUCAACAUGGGGAGCUGUAGGUCAUGGGUAAAGAAUAGUAUAAAUAAUAAUAUUAGUGCAUUAUAUCAUUCAUAAUCACCAGAAGCAUAUUUUGCUCAUACUCCAGGAUUAAAAGUAGUAGUACCGAGAGAUCCAAUAUAAGCAAAAGGAUUAUUGCUUGCAUCUAUAAGAGAUAAGAAUCCAGUGAUAUUUUUUGAACCUAAAGCUUUGUAUCGUAAUGCAGAAGAUGAAGUUCCUUUGGAUGAUUAUGAGGUAUAAUAAUAAAUAGUAAUAAAUGAAAGUUGGAAUUAUCAAAAGCUGAAGUAGUGUAAUAAGGAAAACAUAUAACAUUGAUAGGAUAUGGAACAUCAAUAAGAGUAUUAAGAGAAGCAUCAAAGAUGGCAGAAAAAGAUGGGGUAAGCUGUGAGAUUAUUGAUUUAUAAACUAUAUAUCCAUAUGAUGGAUAGACUUUAGUUGACUCAGUGAAAAAGACUGGAAGGUAUAUAAUUAAAUGAAUAAACAAAAUAGAUGUAUAAUAACACAUGAAGCACCUUAGACUUGCGGAAUGGGAGCUGAAUUGAGUGCAUUUAUUUAAGAGAAAUGUUUUUUACAUUUAGAAGCACCAAUAAGAAGAGUAACAGGAUAUGAUACACCAUUUCCUUUAGUACAUGAACCAAUAUAUUUACCAGAUAAAUUUAAGAUUUAUGAGGCAAUAAAAGAGAGUGUAAAUUAUUGAUAA